AGUGUUAUUUACUGAAUCAGUAUGAAAUGUAAACAUUAAUCUUGUGAUUCGGUGAAUCCUGAUAAAAACCCGAAUUUUGAAUGGUUUCUGGUACGGGGAUCAUUCAAAUCAAGCAAUCGGCGUCUGUCAUCCGGCCAAAGCUCGAUUUUAUGUAGUGUCCGCGUCAAAUGUCACUGGUGCGCCUUCUACUGGAAUUUUCAGUGCUUCGUGAUUGUGCAGGGCUUCCGAAAGGUGGAUGAUCGACGACCUCGAAACCGUCUAAUGGUCCAUUAUACAACGGUCGUCGUGAUUUGCUCGGCGUUGAGCUUUAUUUGCACCGUCGACGGCGUCCGUUCCGGAUACGGAGGUAAAUUGCGAAACGACGAUGUAUUUCAACAGUACGACCUGGUUUUCCCACGGAGGGUCACCCAUGAGGGCGAGUUCUUGUCGCAUUACCUGCCGACGGUUUACCACAGACCACGCGUUAGGAAAAAAGCUCAUCGUAGCCGUCGUUGGGCGAAGGAUACCGUCCAUUAUGUUAUCCCAAUACGUGACAGAGAACAUCACGUGGAAUUGCAUCCGAACACCGGUUUUAUUUCGCCGGGAAUGGUGGUUGAACGGUUUAAAAAGGACAUCAACGAUAGAAUCAUUGAUAGGGUCAAUGAAACCCAAUGCCAUUACACAGGAUUUAUUCGAGGUGAUCGAGAUUCGAAAGUAGCAAUUUCCACAUGUCACGGUUUGACAGGUUAUAUACGGACAAAGCGGCACUACUUCUUCAUAGAACCAGCGGAAGGUCAUCAUCGAUCGCAACGAUUAACAGAACAAUUUGCACAACCUCAUUACGUAAAAAUUAAUCGAAAUGGAAUAUCAAAUAGUAGUAAAUGCGAAACUUUUGAUGAUAUUGCGAAAGUUAUGGCUAAGAGAAGUGGGUUAAGAUCAGAAAGGGGUGAUGGUAAUCAAUGUAUACCUGAAUUGCAUAUUGAAACUUUAGUCGUAUUAGAUCAUUCCAUGUUAGAUUAUCAUAAGGAUAUCGAUUUGGAAAAUUAUGUUUUAACCGUUUUUAAUAUGGCUCACGAUUUGUUUCACGACGCUUCGUUAGGAACGAAUAUCGAUCUGGCCAUCGUAAGGAUAAUUAGGUUGGAAGAAGAGGACCACGAGAUGAACAUGAACGUGAAUAAGGACGCUGAAAAAACUUUAGAAUACUUCAGGGAGUGGCAGAACCAAGUCAACCCGAAAGAGGAUACCCACCCGAACCACCACGACAUCGCCGUUUUAAUUACAAGGGUGGACAUUUGUGGUGCGGACAGCACGUGCGGAUUGUUGGGAUCCUCGAAAAUCGGCGGAAUGUGCGAUCCGCAAAACCAAGCGGCCAUAUGCGAGGACAACGGUCUGCGGCUCGGUUUUGUGAUAGCCCACGAGAUAGCGCACACGUUAGCGAUUCUUCAUGAUACUCCAGAAGAAUCUGGAUGUAGUGGAAUAUAUCUAAAUAAUUUAACAACUGUAAUGAAUCCGUCUAUAAGCAUAAAAACAGCUGGAUGGUCAAACUGUAGUAAUAAAUUUUUAUCGUUGUUUGUUGAAUCAGGUUUUGGAAAAUGUCUCUACGACCCCCCAACGGAACACAGUUUUAAACCUGUCGAUAUCCUUCCUGGGGUUAUGUACGAUGGGGAUUUCCAAUGUCGAGAGGUGAUGGGUCCAAAUGCUGCUUUAUGCAUGACUGGAGUGGAUUGCGAGAAUUUAAUCUGUUACAUAGAGGAUAAAGGAUGCGUGGAAACUCAUACUGGAGUCGCUCCUGGUACUAAAUGUGGCGAUAAAAAGUGGUGCUUCCAUGGAGUGUGCAUUCAAGUGGGUGAGAGAGAAGGAGCUAUCGAUGGGGGUUGGGGAACAUGGUCCGAGUGGUCGGAUUGCUCACGAACUUGCGGUUCCGGGGUUGCUUGGCAAGAACGGCACUGCGACAGUCCAGCUCCUGCGAACGGCGGUCGGUAUUGUCUCGGUGAGAGAAAGAGGCAUAAAAUCUGCGCGACAGAACCUUGCGACGCGAAUCUACCCUCAUUCCGUGAUGUACAAUGUAUCGAGUUUAACUCGUGGGUGUAUCCGGAAGAUGAGAAAGUGCAUACUUGGAAGAACUAUCCGAUGCACGACGAGAACCCUUGUGUCUUAUUUUGUAUCAACGACUGGGGUGACAUAGCUUCAUUAAGACCGAGGGUAAUAGACGGUACUUCGUGCCAACGAGGAAUGCGAGACAUAUGUAUAGAUGGGUUGUGUAAGGAAAUUCCAUGUGACCUCGACUUGGAAUCCAACGCCGUUGAGGACUCGUGCGGAGUGUGUAGAGGAGACUCGACGAGUUGUACCGUGAUAAAAGGAGAUAUAACAGUUCCGUGUACCGGUCAUAUCAAGGAAGAACGCGUCUUGAACAUUCCCCGAAGCGCUAGUAACAUUAAAGUCGAAGAGAUGAUGCCUACUGAAUCGCGAAUACAGAUAAGAAGUGGUAACGGGGAAACUGUAUUCAUAGUAGGAAACGUUAUUGGGUCGUUUAACGUACCCGGGACUUAUGCGUGGGUGGGGAAUAUUCGGAGUAAACAAGAGGCUAUUGCGAUACCUGGGCCGUUAUCUGAUGAAAUAUCACUUUGGUUAGUAGUAACAGAAAACGUAACAAUUUCAUAUUCUUACGGAAUACCAGCGAAAAAGAAGCGAAUUCCGUCCUUUUCUUGGGAUUAUUUGGGUUGGAGUCCAUGUUCUGCAGCUUGUGGCCCUGGCGUUCAAGAAGCCGUUCCAUCUUGCACCGAAAAAGUUGGAGGAAUGGUCGACGAUAUGUACUGCAAAUACGCCCCAAGACCUAUCGUGCAAAUCAGAGCAUGCGAGCGUGCUCCUUGUAUUAACAGGUGGUUUGUCGGCGAUUGGGGUCCUUGUAAAAAAUGUCCCAAAGGACGGAGGUACAGAGUUGUAAAAUGCAUCAGGCCAACCGGGGAAGGUGAAGGUGAAGUGGUUUAUAUAUCAGAUUCAAAUUGCAUCGGACCAAAACCGAAAAGCUGGGAAUCAUGUACUUGUUAUGACACGAAUUGCAAAGACAAACAACAUAAACACCGGCAAAUAAGAAGUCAAUUCUCGGAUAAUAAAAGCACACCCCAUAUAUUUUCAUCUCCAAUUGCGGAUUCACCAAGUUUAGGUUUUACGGAAAAAAUAAUUCAAAGUUCUAUGUUUAAUAAAUAUUCAAACAGUAAAGGAAAUAAUUCAUGUAUAAGCACAACAUCUCCGAUUAAUUUCACAGCCCCUCAUUGCCCAACUAGUUUUGAUUACGAUGAUUCUAAAGAAGAAGAAGAAUAUGAAAAUGAAAUUAAUUCCCAAAAUCAAUCUGGAGGUGAUUCGGGUGGAGGUGGACGAAAUAAUGAUGGAGAUAAUAAAGGAGGAUUAAAUACAGGUUUUGGGGGCGAUUCUGAUGUAUUAUCGAACGGCAGGCCAAAUGGAAAAUUAAAACUUCCACCAGGUGCAAUAACAACUUGUAUUAUUUUAAUUAACGAAACAUCGCCUCAAGAAGAAUCAACGACACCUCUUAGUACUACCAUCUUAUCCACCAUUUUAAUUGAUAAUACAACUUUAUCUAAUAAUUUAACGACUAUACAAGAGACAUGUGCAACCGAACUUCAAUUCCGCAACGAAAAAGCUGAGAUGUGUGCUAAAAUAGCUGCGUUAAUGGGAAAAUCAACUGUAGAUAAAGAAUGUAUUAGUAACUUGUCAUUAACUGUCCACACAGAGUUGGAAAAUGGAAAGCGCCCGCAAGGACUUCCCCCUCUUCAACAUUACGAAGAUAACAAAAAUCCAACUUAUACUAUAACCGGGAAAGAAGCAAUUAAGUUUAUGAGUUCCAUGCAAAAAGAUUUUGAAAAUAACAGAACAAAAAUUAAGAAAAAAUAAUAGAUAUAUUUUUAUAUUUAAGUU